AUGUCUGUCCACCGCGCCAAACGCCCCUUCACCGGCGCGGCAUCCGACCCCGCUCAGCGCCAGAUCACAUCUUUCUUCUCGGCCACCUCGUCGCCGUCACUGAGCGACGACGACAACAUCAGCGGCGGAGGCCGCUUCUCUCAGCAUGCGACCGCACCCGCUCUGCCGGCUUCGAUCCAGUCGAGCCUGCUCAACGUCGGCAUGCGUGUCCGCAAGUCGGUCCCUGAGGGCUACAAGACUGGCAGCUAUGGCAGCUUCGCGCUGUGGUCAGACAAGCCCGCCAAGCAGGUGGCGAGCACCACCGACGUGAAUCCUAUGCCUGCCGCUAAGCCCACCUACUCGGGCGGCAAUCGCGAACUGCUACCAUUUUGCGGCAUCCACAGCGUUGGCGGCAUGAGCAGCCAACCGGCCUUUGCCCCGGGAGCUUCCUUCGUCUCGGACCUAGAUGAUCUGCCCGGUUUGUCGAGCAGUCAAGAGUCGGUCGAGUCGAAUGAUUCACUAGGCGCCACCGUGGUCAACUCUCGCAAGAGGGUCUUUGGCGACGAGCUGGCCGACGAGGGCGAGAGUCCUGAGCAGCUUGGCCUUCGUCUCUUCCGCCAACAGUUCCGACAUGAUGGCGAGGUCAGCCCACGGAGCCAGACGCCUGUGGGAUUUGGGAAUCCUCGAGUCAUGGCUGUGCCACGCACUCGUCGGCAAGCUGGAGCCGAUGUGAAGAAUGGGGCCUUUUUUCAGGGCCAAGAGAACGUUAUGGUGGCAAAAUCCGACGAUUUUCCAGAGGCUGAAUUUCUUGAGUACACUUCGGAUUUGGAAAUGGAUGUUGCCCAAGACUGA